GAGUAGGAGAAGAUUCAUGUGAGGGGUGUGGAGCAGCAGCAGAAGGAGAAGGAGGGGGUGGUAGUGAGCGAGAGCCCGAAGCACGAGGUGGUGGUCGUCCCCGUGAGGUUGUAGCAGGAGGUGGUGGUGGUUGUCGUUCCUGUGGUGUUGAUGGAGAAGGAACAUCUUGUGGGAGAGAUGCCUGUGAGGUUAGGGGAGAAGGAGGUGAUAGUCAUUAUCCCUGUGAGAGUGAUAGAGAAGGAAGUCAGUUUACGGCAGUGGUAAAAGGAGAAAGGAAAGGUGGUCCCCAUGAAAAUGGAGGAGAAGGAGAAUGUCGCUCUGAGGUAAGAUUUGGGAUCACCAUCGGGUUUCCCAAUGAGGUUGUGGUUGGGAUUCAGGCUGGAGGGGGCAGUAGUAAGAAAGAGUUUGGAAGUGUGGAACUUAGUGAGGACGGCCAAGGGAUUCACAGUGACAGAAGAGAUGUUAGUAAAGAAGGUUUCAGGCUGCCCAGUCAGCAAGAGCAGCAGAGCUGGAUGGAGCAGGCAUUGAGCACGGCAAAAGGGGCUCUGGAGAAUGGUGAGGUGCCUGUCGGAUGUCUGAUGGUUUACCACAAUGAGAUUCUAGGACAAGGGAGGAAUGAAGUCAAUGAAACCAAGAAUGCUACACGACAUGCGGAGAUGGUUGCCAUUGGCUAUGUCUUGGAGUGGUGUCGCCAGAAAGGCAGGAGGUGGCAGGAAGUGUUUAAAGCCACAGUGCUAUAUGUCACUGUGGAACCAUGUAUCAUGUGCGCUGCAGCCUUGCGACUGCUGAACAUUCCACUGGUUGUGUAUGGCUGUCGGAAUGAGCGUUUUGGAGGCUGUGGUUCAGUGCUGAACAUUCCCGCAGAUGAUUUACAACACACUGGAGCACCCUUCCAGUGCAUAGGCGGAUACAGAGCUGAUGAAGCAGUGGAGCUGUUAAAGACUUUUUACAAAGCUGAAAACCCCAAUGCACCAAAAUCAAAAGUGCGGAAGAAGGAAUAAGCCCUGCCAUAUCGAUCCUAAAGCUGUGAAUCAUUCAGGGUUUGUUUAAAAGACAAACACUUGGCCAAGAAGUUCAGUGUUUAACAUAAACUGACUGGACAGUGGAAAUGAAUAACCAGUCCAUGUCGACUGAGCCAAGGGA